AUGCCAUUCGUUGAGCAGCCGCUACAAGGUGCAGGCAUUCGCAUUGCCAUUGAUCGUGGUGGUACUUUCACCGACUGCCUGGGCAUUGUUCCAGGAAAACCAGAUAUACUCGUCAAACUUCUGAGCAAUGAUCCGACGAACUAUUCUGACGCGCCUACCGAGGGCAUCCGCAGAAUACUCGAACAGGCUACAGGCGUAUCGAUACCACGCGGGGAGAAGAUCAACACGAGCGACAUUGAGUCGAUAAAGAUGGGAACGACAGUAGCUACGAAUGCCUUGUUGGAACGGAAUUCCACGAAGUGCGCGCUGGUCGUUACCAAGGGUUUCAGAGAUUUGCUUCGCAUAGGUGAUCAAACAAGACCAAAAUUGUUUGAUCUUAACAUUAGGAGGCCAGAGACUCUUUUCGAUGAUGUGCUGGAGAUUGACGAGCGCGUUACACUUCACGAUUCGACCGAAGACAAAUCAACGCUUAGAGAUCCAAAACGCGACUCUCAUGAUCUGGAGAAGGGUGUUGGCGGGGAAGCUAUUCGCGUGUUGCGAGCAGUUGAUCGCAACCACGCCCAUGAGGGUCUCCAAAGUUUGUUCGACAAAGGCGUGCGGUCUUUAGCCAUAACGCUUAUCAAUAGCUACACUUUCCCAAACCACGAGCUUCAAGUUGCCGACAUUGCCAAAGAGAUUGGCUUCACACAGAUAUCUGUAUCUUCACAAAUCUUUCCUAUGAUUAGAGCAAUAUCGAGAGGCUAUUCGGCAACAGCAGAUGCAUACCUCACGCCCUUGACGCGUAGUUACAUCGAUGGCUUUCGUGAGGGAUUCAUAGGCGGUCUCGAAGACUCUCGUGGUGCUCGUUGCGAAUUUAUGCAGAGUGACGGCGGUCUAGUGGGAUGGCAACAUUUCAGCGGUCUCAAAGCCAUCCUAUCCGGUCCGGCUGGGGGUGUUGUUGGCUUUAGCAAGACGUGCUUCGAUACGAAACGGAAAAAGCCGGUAAUAGGUUUCGACAUGGGCGGAACUAGCACUGAUGUUUCCCGGUAUGCGGGAACUUUGGAGCACACGUUCGAGUCGAUCACAGCGGGUGUGACAAUCCAAUCACCACAACUUGGAAUAGAUACUGUAGCUGCUGGCGGUGGAAGUAUUCUUGCCUAUCGUAACGGCCUCUUUCUGGCAGGCCCCGAAUCAGCGAGCGCACAUCCCGGACCAGCGGCGUAUCGUAAAGGUGGACCCUUGACAGUUACAGAUGCGAAUCUUGUGCUGGGACGUCUACAAGUCGAGUAUUUCCCGAAGAUCUUUGGCAAGCACGAGAACGAGCCGCUAGACUAUGAAGGCGCCAAGAGAGCCUUUGAAGAGCUACUUGUUACCGUCAACCGCGAUUUGUCUCAGACCACUGGGAAAACGAAGACCGUUGAAGAACUUGCUCUCGGCUUCUUGGAAGUUGCGAAUGAGACGAUGUGCCGGCCCAUUCGUUCGCUCACUGAAGCCAAGGGCUACCGGACAUCCGACCAUGAUCUUGCAGUCUUUGGCGGUGCGGGUGGACAGGCUGCCUGUGCUAUUGCAGCUAACCUAGGAAUCGACCGCAUCUUGGUUCAUCGCUAUUCAUCCGUCUUGUCGGCAUACGGUAUGGCGUUGGCAGAUGUCGUUCGUGAUGUUCAAGAACCAUGCUCAGCACUACUCCGAUCCUCUCUCGAUGAACUUGACGAAAGGCUGUCAUCACUUGAGAAGAACGCGGCUGAGCAAUUGGCCAACGACGGAUUUUCUGGCCAAACAAUUGGCUUCGAGCACUUCUUGAACCUUCGCUACGAGGGUUCUGACACCACCUUCAUGGUCUCGCGACCUGACCGGGGAUCGUGGGACGAAGCUUUCGUAGCAGAGCACAAACGUCAAUUUUCUUUCGUUAUGCCUGGAAGAGACAUCCUCGUUGAGAAUGUACGAGUACGAGCCACAGCUCGGAGCCCAUCAGUCGAACCUGAGUUUGUCUUGGAAGAACAACUCACUGGAUGUUCUCCGUCCCCUGUGUCUACUAAGAAGAUUUCAGAUCACGUUCCUGUCUUUUUCGAAAAUCGCUGGACUACCUCCCCUUUGUACCACUUGACAAAGCUGGCCAAGGGUGAUGUUGUAGAUGGACCUGCUAUCAUUCUGGACAACACACAAACCAUCGUCGUCGCCCCGCGCUCAAAGGCAACUAUUCUAGAGCGCCACGUAAUGAUUGAGCUCGAACGUACAACUACAUUGACCAGCACCGAGGUAGUUGCACCACGAACUGUUGAUCCUGUGGAGCUCUCUGUCAUGGCUCACCGUUUCAUGAGUAUCGCUGAACAGAUGGGCCUCGCACUCCAAAAGACAAGCGUUUCGGUCAACAUCAAGGAACGCCUUGACUUCAGCUGUGCACUUUUCAGUCCUGAGGGCCGUCUUGUAGCUAAUGCUCCACAUGUGCCAGUACAUCUUGGCUCGAUGGAGCAGGCGGUCAUGUACCAGCACAAGAAGUACUUUGGCCAACUUCGACCAGGUGACGUUAUCGUCGCUAACCACCCAAUCUCCGGUGGCACGCACCUUCCUGAUAUCACUUGCGUAACACCUGUCUUCGACCAUGCGGGAGAGACUAUCAUAUUCUACACAGCUUCGAGAGGUCAUCAUCAAGAGAUUGGUGGAAUACUCCCAGGCUCAAUGCCAGCUGGUAGCGUUGAGCUACACGAAGAAGGCGCUAUGAUAGUCUCAGAGUAUCUUGUUCGCGAUGGAGUCUUCGAUGAAGAGCUAGUUACAAGAGUGCUACUCCAUGAUCCAGCACAAUACGUAGGAUGCUCAGGAACACGUAAGCUAGCCGAUAAUAUCAACGACCUCAAAGCACAGGUAUCAGCCAACGCCAAGGGUGCCGCACUGGUAGCCGAUCUCAUCGCUGAAAGAGGUCUCGCCAUUGUACACCUCAACAUGCAUGCCAUCACCUCGAACGCCGAGUCGUGUGUACGGGAAUUCAUGAAGCGUACUUAUCAUGAAACUGGCGGUAAGAUCCUCACCGCACUUGACUACAUGGAUGACGGCACCCCCAUCAAACUCGCCAUAACCAUCAACCCAGACGACGGGUCUGCCCACUUCGACUUCACUGGAACAGGCGAAGAAGGCUACCACAGUUUCAACGCUCCACAAGCAAUUGCCAGAUCCGCAACACUUUACGUGCUCCGGUGCCUCAUCAAUCAAGACAUUCCGCUCAACGAAGGCUGCCUUCGCCCUCUCACGUUCACAAUUCCAGAAGGAAGUAUUCUCAACCCCUCACCAUAUGCCGCAGUAUGCGCUGGAAAUCCGAUCACAUCCCAACGCGUAACAGACGUCGUGAUCCGCGCCUUCGAAGCAUGUGCCGCAAGCCAAGGUGACUGCAACGUCUUCUCCUUUGGCAUAAACGGUGACAAUGACGACACCGGCAACCCUAUUCCAAACUCCGGUUUCGGCUUCGGAGAAACGAUAUGCGGAGGUAGUGGCGCGGGACCUGGCUGGCACGGAACUUCCGGAGUACAUAUUCAUAUGACGAACACCCGUAUCACGGACCCAGAACUACUUGAGAAGAGGUAUCCUGUGCUUCUUCGCGAGUUCAGUAUACGGGAUGGGUCAGGUGGCAAAGGGCGUUGGAGUGGUGGGAAUGGUAUCCGGAGGGUGUACGAGUUUUAUCGCGACAUGAAUGCGAGUAUCGUCAGUGAAAGGCGGGUUACUAGACCUUAUGGUAUGUUUGGUGGGGAGGACGGAAGUAGCGGAGUUAACUAUAUCGUCAAGAAAGUCGGUGGAAGGUGGUGUAGGUUAGGUGGACGUAAGGAUUUUGCUGUACAGAAGGGCGAUUGCUUUGUGAUCGACACGCCUGGUGGAGGGGGAUGGGGAACAAAAGAUGAAACGAAGACAGAUACAAAUGUAUUAGAAAGCGCGAAAAGGUCGGCGGUAGAGCGGAGGUUUGUCAGUCAGUUCCAGUUGGCGCAAGAAGCCAGCAACUAG